CCGGGAGCGGCGGGGCACUACCCCGAGGCGCCCCCCGGGCUCCCUCAGAGCCCCCUCCCAGCGGAGAGGCGGUGCUGGGUCCCCAGAGCGGCGGUGCCCGCCCGCCCCCGGUGCCUCCGCCCACAAGGCUGCGUUGGGCUUUGCACGGCCCAAAGUUAAAAUGUGUGAUGAUGGUGCCCCAGAUUGUUGGCGUAUUGGGGAGAAAUGCCUUGCCCCUUGUCUUGAAGAUGGAAAACUUCAGGAAGGAGUAAUAACCUCACUUGAAAAGGACAGGAAUGGAAAAUCGUUUGCUGUUGUAUUAUUCUUGGAGUCUGAAGAAAGGAAAAUAUUAUUAACUAAACUUUGCAGAGUCAAAGACAGUAGAGGACCCUGGAAAAGCUUAAUAUUUGAUGAUGUUGAUCUGGAAAAGCCAUAUUUUCCUGACCAAAAUCUUCCAUCUCCUGGAGUUGCUUUUAAAUUAUCAGACAGUGGCGAUUUUAUCCCAUAUACAAUUAACAGAUACCUGCGUGAUUAUCAAAGGGAAGGAGCCCAGUUUCUGUACAGACACUAUGCUAAUAAAAGAGGAUGUAUUCUUGGAGAUGAUAUGGGCCUCGGAAAAACAAUACAGGUCAUCUCAUUUUUGGCUGCAGUGUUGCACAAAAAGGGAACACGUGAGGAUAUUGAAAAUAAUAUGCCAGAAUUUUUACUGAGGACAAUGAAAAAAAAGGGCUCAAAUUGUAACCCGAAGAAGACUUUCCUCAUAGUGGCCCCUCUUUCAGUGCUGUACAACUGGAAGGAUGAGUUAGACACGUGGGGAUACUUUAAGGUCUCUGUCUUACAUGGCAGUAAAAAAGAUGAUGACAUGAGUCGUAUCAAGCAAGGGAAAUAUGAAGUUGCUCUUACAACAUACGAGAUACUUCGCCUGUAUUUGGAUGAAUUUAACAGUGUAGAAUGGUCUGCUGUGAUAGUGGAUGAAGCACACAGAAUCAAGAAUCCAAAGGCUCAAAUAACUCAAACCAUGAAGUCAUUAAAAUGCAGUGUUCGUAUAGGUCUUACUGGAACCAUUCUUCAGAACAAUAUGAAAGAACUUUGGUGUGUCAUGGACUGCUGUGAAGGUGAACCCUCAAUGGUGUAUUGUUCCCUGACUGAAUUCCAGAAAGCUGUCUACCAGGCUGUGCUGGAGACAGAUGAUGUAACCUUGGUGUUACGAGCAGGAGAGCCCUGUAGCUGCAACAGUGGCCGGAAAAGGAAGAACUGUUGUUACAAAGUAAAUGCACAUGGUGAAACAAUUAAGUCUCUGCGCUUCAGUUACCUGACGAUCCUGCAGAAGGUUGCCAAUCAUGCUGCACUGCUGCAGACAGACAACACGAGCAAGCAACAGGAAGCACAUAUCAAACGAGUUUGCAGCCAGGUAUUUUCCAGUUUUCCAGAUUUUGUGCAGUUAAGCAAAGAUGCAGCCUUUGAAACCAUUUCGGAUCCAAAAUACAGUGGAAAAAUGAAGGUCCUGCAGCAGCUUUUAAAUCACUUCCGAAAAAAUAAGGAUAAAGUUCUUCUUUUCUCCUUUUCCACAAAGUUGCUGGAUGUGCUGGAACAGUACUGCAUGGCAUCUGGGCUGGAUUAUCGAAGACUUGAUGGAAAUACAAAAUCAGAAGAUAGGAUCAGAAUUGUAAGAGAGUUCAACAACAUUCAAGAAAUUAACAUCUGUCUUGUAUCUACAAUGGCUGGUGGACUGGGUCUUAAUUUUGUGGGUGCCAAUGUUGUUAUACUGUUCGAUCCUACGUGGAAUCCAGCAAAUGAUCUUCAAGCAAUUGACAGAGCUUACAGAAUUGGCCAGUACAGACCUGUUAAAGUGUUUAGAUUGAUCUCCUUGGGAACUGUGGAAGAGAUGAUGUAUUUGCGACAAGUUUAUAAACAGCAACUUCACUGUGCGGUCGUUGGAAGUGAAAAUGCCAAGAGAUAUUUCGAGGCAGUGCAAGGAUCAAAGGAACACCAGGGAGAGCUUUUUGGGAUCCAUAACCUCUUCAAACUUAGGAUUCAUGGGUCCUGUCUUACCAAAGACAUCCUGGAGAGGGAAGGGCAGGUGGAAGCAGGAGUCAUGACAGCAACUACCUGGCUGAAGGAAGAGAGUGCUCCGUGCAGCUCAGAGAAGUAUGAACAAGCAGACUGUAAAGAAGAUGGAGAUCCCCAAAGUGCUCAGGCACAAUUAAACAGAGAAGAAAUAGAUUUUUGGGAUGACUUCAGUGAUGAUGAUAUUCUGGAAACUUCUGUGAAAAAAUGUGACAGAAGGAAGCCUUGCAAUGCAAAUAAUUUAAUGGUAGCAAAGGGUCAGCUUUCUUUAAUGCAGUGUGGAUUCUCUAAGUUGUUGCAGAGAGAAAUUGAAGCUACCUCAGAAGGGGAUGAUAAUUAUAAUUCUCAUCAGUGGCCUUCUGAUGAUCAGACUGUAAGAAAAAACAUAAAUAGCAAGCACAGUGAUUUUCAGAAAUGCCAAAGCAGUGUGCCUGUUUUGGAGCAUGGGAAAGCUGUUCUGGUAGCAGAUGGAACUGAUAAAAAAGAUAUGCAUGGUACAGACUGGCUUGAUUUCUCAGGCUCUGAGGAGGAAGGGGACAGAGAAAAUGAGGAUCAAGGCCUUUCCAAGCAACCUGAUACAGUCUUGGAGACUGCAAGUAGUUCUGAAGAGGGUGAUGAUGUCAUCUUUUCUACUCAAGUUCAAGCAGUGCCUACUAAAAAAGUUGAAAUACACAGGUCAACAUCUGGAAAUUGCAAAGAGUUAGCAAAAGAAAAAACUGGGUUUGUGUUUAAGGGAGCCAGUAGGCAGUUUGGGUUCCACAGUGUUGAGUCAUCUUUUGAAGACAUCAAGGAUGACCCAGGUUUGAAAGGAGCAAGUGACAUAAGUGAUGAAUCUGAUGAUAUUGAACUUUCCCAGGAUUCUGAAUCAAGAGAGCUAGAAUCUUUCAGCUUUCCAAAACACAAGGAAAGAUGUGCCCUUAAACAUGAACUCGAUAAUGUCUCCAAAUCUCUGCUACAAGCAAAGAAGCCCAGUAGGAAAGAAAAAGAAAGUGAUUCACAGAAUAUAGAUGAAUUUUCAUCCUGUGAAGAUGAUUUUCCAGCUGAGAAAACUGAGACCAGAAAGCAAAGCCAUAAGUGUAAAAGACAGAGAGGCAGAGUUCAGUUUGGGUCUAAAACACUGCAUCCUAUUCAAGAUACCUCUGUUGCACAAAUGGAGUCUGGCAGUUAUGCUGUGCAUAGAACUUCUGCAAGAAGAACUGAAUUUGAGCAUCAAGAGCAAAAAAUGGACUCAAUGGACAGAUAUUUAGAUGGUGUUCAAGAGGUGGCAUAUAUUCAUUCCAAUCAGAAUGUGGUGGGAUCCAGCAAGGCUGAAAAUCACCUGAGCCGGUGGGCAGUGCGAGACGUGUUUGAGUUGAAGCAGUUUUCCCAGCUUCCUGCUAAUGUUGCUGUCUGUAGUGCCAAGGAAAAUGAUGAAAACCCGGAAGACAACACUGCAGAGAAGAGCAUUAUUAAGGGAGGGCAAGAAAUGCUGAUGAACAGUAAGCAACAUCAUCUGUAUGUCAGGCAUCCUGUGACCCAGAGAAAGAAAAAAGUAUGCAGAGUAGGUUCAACCACCUUCUUGAUUGGAAAGACACCCAAAGGAAUACGCAGGACACAAUUUGAGGAAAUGGUAUCCCACUUUAAUAUGGGAUCAGUGAAGGACCUUGCAGAACAUAUUGCAAAAGCUACCUCAGAAACAAGGCAGAACAUGUUGAAGGAAUUCUAUGUUUCCAAGCAUCCAGAGGUGGAAUCUUUCUUCUCAGUUGAAAUACCAGUACGAGAUUUAUGUGACUGUGAGGGAGGAGAACUGGGUACAGCACAGUCUAGAAAAAGAAAAUCCAUUGUUAAUUUUGGAAGAUCAAAGUCUAGGCCUUCAUUGACUGAAGCACUUCUGAGCAGAACUACAGAGACACGGGCCCAGCAGACAUGUAAGGGAGGAGCAGAGAAGCUUCCCAAUGACUGCUGCUCACAAGAUGUGUUUGUUGAUGCAAAAUGUAAACAGUCACCCACUGUUGCUACUCAACAUAUUGAAAGGAGAAACAGUCAGGCAUUCAAGGAUUUUAUGGCAUCUGGCUCAUUAAACAGUGAAUCAGAGGUGCUGCCUGUCAAAAGUUGUGAAGGACAGCAGGACUCAGAGGGAACACAGCUGCCAAAAAAAAGAUCCCUGUCUCAGUCAGAAAACGGAGAGAGAAAAGCUCAGAUUUAUAAGCAAAAGUCUUUUACGGACUUACUUGGAGAUACCUCUAUUCUUAAUGACCUCUUCAGAAGUGAUGGAAAUGGGCCUGCAGGAUCACCAAGAAGAUUCUCUUCAGGGCAAGUAGAAAAAUCAAAGGGGAAACCAAAAGAUUUCUGGGAUAUGCUGAAUGAGCAGAAUGAGGAGAAGCUCAGCAAGCUCACGGACAUAGCAGUCAUACAGAAGCUGUGUGAAAGAGCACCUCGUUCCACAGUGGCAGAAGAGACAGAAGUGUGUGAAGGUUCUCUUUGGAAAAAAAAUGAAAAUUUUCUAUGGAAAAAAUAUGGUGCAGGUGAUUCAGAUGAACCGUCCAGUGCUAAAUCUUGUAAUGCAGUAAAAUGAAAGUUUGCACUUUAAUUAUUUUAGUUGAACAUUGAAGAACUUCAGCAGUAUGGAAUAAAACAUUGUAACUCCAUGAAAUUAAAGGCAAAAUGAUGAAUUCAUAUCUAUAGUGAGAGAGAAUUAUAUUUUACAGGUGUGAAUAUGUAUGUAACAACAUGCAAAUAUGUAUGUAAUUACAUAAUCAGUGUAUACAUAUGGGCAUAGUAAUGCAUAUAGACUACAUAUAUUGUUAGCUAUGAUAUAUUAAUUUUAAAUUAAACUUUUUUUAGAAUUUUCUGAGUGCA